GCCAGAAAAACCCUAGUCUCCAGAGAGAGGAAAAGAAGAGAGAGCUACAGAGAUGGGCAGCGAUACUGAAGCGAAGGAGAAGAAGAAGACGCAGGCUCUGGCUCCGAUAGCGAAGCCGCUCGCCGGGAAGAAGCUCGGGAAGCGGACUCUCAAGCUUGUCCGGAAAGCUGCUGAGCACAAAUGCUUGAAGAGAGGAGUGAAGGAGGUGGUUAAAAGCAUAAGGCGUGGUCAAAAGGGAAUAUGUGUUAUAGCUGGGAACAUUUCUCCUAUAGAUGUGAUCACUCAUGUUCCAGUCUUAUGUGAAGAAGCUGAGAUUCCAUAUGUUUAUGUGUCCUCUAAAGAAGAUCUUGCAAAUGCGGGGGCGACAAAGAGGCCGACAUGCUGUGUUCUGGUGAUAACCAAGCCGACCAAGGGUGAGUUGGCACAAGAAGAACAAGAGAAGCUAAAGGCGGACUAUGAUCAGGUUGCGGGAGAAGUUUCUGAACUUUAUUCCUCCACACUUUUCUGAAGGCUGGAAAGAUUUACUUGCCCGUGUCCUACUGUCUAUCUUGUAUGAGGUUGUUCCUUUUUUAGUGAUGCAUUUGUUUGUGUACCUAUUGAGCAGCAGAACAUCAGCAGAUUUGAUUUUCUUGAGGGAAAUCUUUGUUUUACUAGAUGUUCUUUGUGAAAGCCUUUUUCUGUUGGUAAUGCUUCAUCAGUGACAUGGUUUUGAGCAUAA